GUCGGAGCGGGAGGAGCCGGCGGCUGAUGCAGAGGAUGCGAAGUUUGGGCUGGACGCUGCUGCUGCUGCCUCUGGUCGGGGGAAUCCAUCCGGAAUGCAGGAUAUUCCAGCAGGUGGUCAAAGAGGAGGCUCUGUGCCUGGAACAGAACCAAUCUGCUUCCCCUGAUCUCAAAGGAUGUGCCAGAGACUGGGAUGGUUUAACCUGCUGGCCCAGAGCCACUUUUGGGGAAGUGGUGAAAAUUCCCUGUCCACAGUUUGUCCAAGAAUUCACCAAUACCCAUGGUUUCCUUCAGAGGAACUGCACCCAGGAGGAACGUUGGUCAGAGCCAUUCCCCCCCUACACCGUUGCCUGUGGAUUUGAUGAAGGUGCCAGCAAAGGGCCUGAGGAUCAGAAAUCCUAUUAUUCUGCGUUUUGGCGUGUCUACACCGCGGGCUACGCAGCGUCAGUGACUUCACUCGUUACGGCUCUGAUUGUCUUUGCUGCCUUCAGAAAAUUCCACUGCACACGGAAUUACAUCCACAUGCACCUGUUUGUCUCCUUUAUCUUGAGAGCAAUUGCUGUUUUCACCAAAGAUGCUGUUUUGUUUGCAGAUGAAACCAUGGACCACUGCCUGAUGUCAACGGUUGCCUGUAAGGCUGCUGUGGCAUUUUUCCAGUUCAGUAUUUUGGCCAAUUUCUUCUGGCUUCUCAUUGAAGGGAUUUACCUGCAGACCCUGCUGCUGCUGACGUUUGUGUCCCACAGGCAGUUCGUGUGGGGCUUCGUGGUCACUGGCUGGGGAGCUCCUGCUGCUGUGCUGUUGGCUUGGGUGCUCACCAGAAUCCACCAACAAAACACUGGGUGUUGGGACGAUGAUGAAAACGGAGUGGUGUUGUGGAUCAUCAAGGGCCCCAUCCUGAUAACUGUAUUAAUUAACUUUAUUAUAUUCAUGAAUGUGAUCAGGAUUCUGGUCCAUAAACUCAAAUCUCAGGAGGGAGGAGGGAGCCACUUGAGCCACUUCGUGAGACUUGCUAAAUCCACCUUGCUUUUAAUCCCCCUCUUUGGAGUUCACUACGUCGUAUUUGCGUUUUUCCCGGAGAGCACCGGGCUGGAAGCUCGUCUGUACAUCGAGCUGGGCUUGGGUUCCUUCCAGGGUUUUGUUGUCGCUCUCCUCUAUUGCUUCUCCAAUGCAGAGGUUCAAAGUGAACUGAAGAAACAGCUGUGCAAGUGGCAGUAUCAGGAAUACCUGACCUUCCCACACAGACAGGGAACUCUGUCCAGGGAAAACAGCCCGGUCAACUACGUCACUCAGCUGUCACUGCUGGAAAAAAUCAGUCCAAAAAGGAAACCAUCUGGGGCCCACAGUGGUGUAACCACUGUCUGAGGCUUUCUAGCUGUGGCAUUGGGAUGUGCCACCUAAGAGAUGGUAAAAUUGGAGUCUUUGGGCUUUCUAGAGUGUGAAUUCUGUAAAUUCCUUGUCCUGGACGUGAGCUGCUUUUCUCACCUGCUCCAGAUUCAUAUCCCAACCCUGGCUCUCUCCUUAAGUAUCUAAAAUCCACUUGUUUUGUUGUGAAAAGCCAGGCCUGGGGAUGGUGGGAAUCAACAGGUUAGCACCC